AUGCUCCUCCUCCUCCUUCCCCUCCUCCCUGUUUGCAGCAAAAAUCGAGCACCGACUAAACCUCUACGAAAAAUCCGCCGUAACCGCGCCUCGGCCAUCCAGGUGAUGAGUAACGUUGGUUUCGACGAGCAGUCCGAAGCCGAAGCACCGAAAGAGUUGGAAGAAUAUCUGCGGGAGGAGGAGAGGGAGGAGGGGUCGCAGAAGCAGAAGAGGAAGGGGGUGGUGCCUAAAACGAUGAAAGAGGUGGUUGAAUUUGAGUAUGGCCCGGAUGUGGUGGAGAGGACGGUGAGGGUGAUGAGGGAGGCCCAGGUGGUUGGGGGAAAGGAGGGGUGGAAGGUGCCGGAGGGGUUUUUCCCUGGGUUUUGA